UUCCAAAGUAAUAUCUUUGAAGAUAGAUAAGAUUUCUCGUAUAGUGAUGUUAGGAUUGGGAAGUUUUCAGAAUAAUUCACGUAGUUUAACUCAGCUUUCUUUUGGAAUUGAAAUGUCAAAGAAUUUGGGAUUUAAAGGGAAAUUGGAGGCAUAUGAUCCAGUUUUUACAGAUCUAGAUUGCGAAUUUUUAGAAGAGCUUAAUAUUGAAUUUAAUUUAGAAAAAUUGGAUGUUUAUAAUGCAAAACAACCUGUUAUAUUUUAUAUGCCACAUUGUCCUAUAUCAAUGUAUGAAACAUUAUUUAAGAUGAACUGGACGCUGGAGAGGCUUUGUAACAUUUUCUUAAUAGGGAAUUGUUUGAAAACAUAUGAUUUAACUAUACAACUUGCAAAAAAGAAGAAAUAUCCAUUUGUUUUUAAAGCAUGUGUAAUAUUUGAAUCAAUUUUGUUUUCAAAAGCUUUUGAACGACCUGAAAUAUUUAACGAUCUUGCAUUUCAAUGGUGUGAAGAAAUUGUUGCUGAAAAAUUCUUAGUUUAAAUGACAAUUAAUAUAAGAUAUAAGAUAUUAAACAAAAU